CUUUAUCCUCAGAUAUUACUACUUUGACAUGCAACCACAACUAAGCUCGCAACCGACACUAACUCUAUCGGCCCCUCCUAUCUCAAGGUGAACGUUUUGCUGCUUCAAUCAGCCGUCGUUUGACCGGCGGUGGAGUCCGUCAUGUGGCUUAUCAAUACAUCGACUACCAGACUGGAACCGAAGCCAUUCUACGAGCCAGAUAUUCCUCCAUAUGCCAUAUUAUCUCAUACGUGGGGUGACGACGAGGUUGAUUUCCAAGAAUUCAAGGAGGAUAAACCGGCAAAACUCAGAGAAGGCUGGUACAAGAUAAAGAACAUAUGUGAGAAGGCGCUCUGCGAUGGACUGCAAUAUGCCUGGGUGGAUACAUGUUGUAUCGACAAGUCAAGCAGCGCCGAGCUUAGCGAAUCGAUCAAUUCCAUGUUCUUCUGGUACCGCCAGGCGGCAAAGUGUUAUGUCUUCCUGUCUGACUUCAAGCAUGGAAGUACACCAGAGGAUCAGUUUCCUAGAUGCAGAUGGUUCACACGUGGAUGGACCCUUCAAGAGCUCCUGGCACCGCGGAUCGUCAUCUUCUAUGAUCGGGUCUGGGAGGAGAUUGGCAGUAAGAUUCAGCUUUGCCAUGUCAUAUCGGGCAUUACGUCAAUUCCAAAGGAAGCCAUAUUGAAUGAUACCCCACUGGCCUACUACUCAAUUUCGCAGAAAAUGUCAUGGGCGGCCUCGCGCGUCACAACUCGCAUCGAAGAUACGGCUUACUGUCUUUUAGGCAUAUUCGACGUUUAUAUCCCUUUGCUCUAUGGGGAAAGACAUCGCGCAUUUUUCAGAUUGCAGGAGGAGAUUUCGAAGAACACACUCGACAUGACGCUACUUGCUUGGGAACCCACGCCGGAAGAUUUCGAGGAUGGUUUCUGCAGUUUUAUUGCUCGAUCUCCGGCGUCGUUUAAGAGCAGUGGAAACAUCCGGAGAUUUGGGCGUGAGACCCGGGCUUGUUCUAUGAGUGCGCGAGGUCUGCAGUUCAACGACAAACACCCGGCGAGGCUUAUCCCGACUAGUCCGGACUAUUACACUGAUAUCGGUAAGAUAGGGAAGAGGCCGAAGCAAUUUAUUGUGUUCAUAGCCGUGACGAUGAUAGGCCCAAGCCUUUAUGCUCGAAAUGGACGAGUCCACCUACGAAUUCAAGUCAAUGGCUUUGACGAGCGAAGGCCCUACUACUUUCAACCUCUAACCUAUCCAAUCUACUUGGCAACAAUGCCGCGACAUGCUUUCGUAAGUAUCAAGGACAGUUUGCACUUUCAAGCAGAUCCUAGGUUGAGAAUAUUCGACGGCUCUCCUCGCAAAUUGUGGAACGAAGUCGACAGUCUGUUCUACUAUUCUCGUGACAGCAAUUUGCGAGUUCUUGAUAUGAGGGGCACAUUUGGAUCGAUUUUGAUGCAGCUGGUAGUUUUGGUCUUUUUCAGAAACGGCGAACCGCGCUGUCUUAUAUUUGAUCGGAAGGAAUAUCCGGAAUAUGCGACUAAACUCCUGAACCAUACCUGGUCCGAACACAAUGAGGGUUGGGUUCCCGAAUCUCCCGAGCUCUCGAAACUUGAUAGUCACACGCGUAUUUGCCAAGGAGGGAAUAGCAUCACCAUAAGUUCAUCCAUUAAACAUGGUGUGGUUAACAGCAUUUCAAACAAAAGGAUAUGGAGUGUUAGCAUCGGACUAAGUGAAAUUUUUGAGUUGCCUAGAUUCGGCGUAAAGUAAAGAAAUCUUUGACACAAAUGGCGUUGGUGUGGAAGGCGAAAAUGGAAUAGAACAACGCGAGUUAUGUAUACGUACAGUAUUAUGC